GCCUCGUACGAAGGGUUUGACGUCAGCUGCACUUGGAGCUUGACCAUGUUCGGGGAAAACCUGUCGACUGACGCGGAAGAUUUCACUUUGUGUCUCACGCCAGGAAAGUAUGGAGAUGAUGUUAGAAGGGAGCUGACGAUUAUUUCUCGGAACAUUCUUACUCUUAUUCAGUCCAGCUUGGAGUGAAAGUUUGAACCUUCAAACUUUCUCCACUCGAAAGUCGUCGAGUCGCUGUCUGAAGCCAUGACAAGAGGCCUACUCUCACCGCUCGCCACUUGUCAAGUUCGUGCCCCGGUCUUGACACCAUGGACGGUCCCCGGGUAUAACCAGGGACCUAAACUCAAACUCCUAGUCCUCUACAACUGUGAUACUUUGUGAAAAAAUGCCACCAAAUGUUGUGACCACCAUGAAGAGAAAACUAGAUGAAUUCAUCGAUGAUGAAGGAAGCUACGGAUCCCAGCGCCAGUCUGUCCUCAACAUAUCCAUGUGCAAGCUGAAAAUGGUUCCCAGAAGGCGUGUGGAACCAUGUCUUCGGCGCAGUGUCCUCAUCUUAAAUACAUUGAAACACAUCGAAACUGAGUUAGAGAUGGAGGGUGUAUAUUUCACCUCUCCUGCUGACGCCACCUUUAAUCUCACCGAUCCUUCGCAUGGCAAGAUUGAUCUUGAUCCUCUGCCUGAAUGCAACUCAAACACUUCUUUUCUACAGCCAUCAUCUGUAUCAUUUUUGCCUCAUGUUGCCACCGAAGGUCCACCCUCACCUAUGCCAAAACCAGUUCAAGAUGUAGAAAAUAUGGACACUAGUGCUAAGGACACAUCAGGGAAAACUGUGUUAGACUUGGUGCCUUGUAAACUGGCAACAGCCGAAGUGUUGCCAUGCACACCUGUGUCAAAACUGUCAGCUUCCAGAAGUUAUAUAGAAGAUGCAAAUAAUAAUCUGUUGCCAUCAUCAUUUGCCAGUUUUGCAUCCAACUCGUCUGCCUCAUGGAGUGAAGACUUUAGUGAUAUAGACAUAAGUGUGUGUGAUGUCGAUAUCUACUCAAUUUCAUCUGCUAUGAAACUUACGCCACUCAGUGCUGAGGAGGUGCUUCAUUCCUUUCCAAAUACUUCAGGACAUGCCAAUGACAGUUACCCAUCUUUCAUAAACUCACAAUGUGGCACUUCAUUUAGAAAUGAAUCAGUGAUGGACGAUUUAGAUAAUAUCAUGCAGAUUCUUGUCGGAAUGUGAUCGUCAUGGUGUAUGUUAUAUAUGUACAAGUCACAGCAUAACACAAAGACUUACAAGAUACAUGAUAUUUUUACAUAUUUUUACAGGGAGACUGUACUGACAUGUGUCAGGUUAAUUUAUUGUGAACUUCUGUUUUGCCUGUGGUCAUAUGAUGACUGAUCAUAGUAAUGUACAUUUGGGUUAUUUAUUGACAACUAUCAUGCUUUGAUGCAAAGAUAUUGUAAUAAUAGCCACAAGACUUUUCAAAGCACAUCAUUGGCCGUGUUAUCAAUAAUGUGCAUUGGCCAGGAGACAUCCAAUUUGAGAAGGCGCCAGUUUUGCUCAUAUCAAUGGUUGUGAUGGUCUCCAUAUUGAACCAUGUGCAAUCUUCCAGGCUUCAUUAGUGUCAAAAACUUUUGAUAUGAUUUUUAUCAACAGUGGCCAUAUAUUUUUGAGCAUGGAAGUAUAAAAACUUGAAUUAUGCAAUGCAUGAAUUUUGUAAUGUUAAAGGGAGAUAAUCGGGACAUUGGAUUAGUUUCCUGGAUGGAAUGAACUGACUUUGAACCAGUUAUGCAUGGCAGUGGAUGAAAUGCAAUUCACCAAAUGGUGCUUAUUGUUACUAACUAUCACAUCAUCAAAAAGAACAACUUAGUGCACAGGAGGAAAAAUCUGGAAAGAAAUACUGAAUACAUUUUAGUGUGUACCAGUUACCAUGGAAACUGACAUUUUGUAUUUUCUAUAUGGUACAAAGAUAUUGCAGUAUGCCACACUUUCUAGUGCUGAUAAACUGAACAGAACUUUUGAAAGAAUCAGUUUAAUGGCAUAAUCAAGGUUAUUGUGCCCAAGGAUCAGCUAUUGCUGAUAUCAACAAACUGUCACAUUUCAGUAUAGUGCACUUUUUUCCUCUUGUCAAAUUGAUAAGAGUUGUUAUUGAUGAGUAAAUCAUCAUGCUGAAAUGCAAAGGUAUUUUGAGGAUCUUUGAAAUUGAUAGCUAUACUUUAAUGUUUGAUAUUCACAUCCAUACUGCAUUAAUUGUGAUAUAUCGGUUAUAGGUGUUUCAGCAUGCAUUACUCAUGCCACUGCAUUGUUUCAGAACAUGAUGCAAAUCCCAUAAGUUCACUCUGGUUUUAAGUUAAUCAUUAGAAUUAUUACCUUAGUCUCAGAGCAACAGUAGUGAUGCCAAACAAAUAUGCUAUGUGGACAGAUCUAGUCAAAUGUGUCUUUUUGGCACGCAUUUCACAAUUUUGAAAAUAUUUUCAAAGACUUAUUUAUAUCCCUAGCAUGUGUUUCAUGUAAAUGAUUGUUAGAUAAGACAGUCAAAUUGCAACCUAGCAAAGAAAUCAGAACUUAAAAUUCAUUAGCAUAUUCAUUUUUGAUUUUUAACAUUGAUGCAAAAAGGGCAAGUUCUCAAAUUUUUAUUGGAAAUCACUUAUUUAUUGACUAUAUCUGAGUAUCAAUCAGUGUGAUUUCCAAGAGAAAUAUUUUUUUUAUAGGACUUUGUGCCAGGUUUGCAUUCUGCCUUAACAUUGGUAGUAACCAUAGAAACUGAAUGUUGCCCAAGCAGAAUAUGAUUCUUUUCCUCUGGCAUGUCAACCUGUUAACUCUAGGCUAGAAAUGAAGGGUCGGUCUGACCUGGACUUUAGUUCUCAAUGAUUAGCAUACGAGCAUCAACAGUUCAUUUUUCAUCAAAUAUUUUACCAAUCUGUAUUUUAUUUAUGAUUAUUAUAUUCAUAUUCAUUUAUUACUCUGCCAUUUUUCCAUCCUGAAGAGAUUAGUCAUUUUUGAGUAGGAACAUACUGUCUUCAGAUUUCUACAUAACCAUUCUGUUGCUGUAAUUCCUUUAUUAUGACUGCUGUCAACUCUUCACAUCAUCGGCCAAGGAUUAUAUGAUGAUGGUGUUUGAAUUUUUCAUAAAUCUGAAAUUGAGUUUGUUGGAACCAGUAUUUGAAGGUCUGAAAAAGCCGAAAAAGUGUAUGUUUUAUGAGUAAUACUUGUCAGACGGAUUCUUCCUUUUGAUGAAAAGUUAAGAAUAAUUUUACCUUUGUUAAAAGAGUGACUUUCGGGAAAUGGGUCCAUGCAGUGUCAGACAUGAUAAUACUGGUGAAACUCAGGCUUCCAUAGAUUCAGCUGAGGCAAUGUCACUUGUUUUUUCAUGCACUAUAAAGAGUUUAUUGCAAACAAUACUUAUAUCCCAAGGAUUUUUUAAAAGAGAAAUUAAAAGUUUCUUUCAUAGCAAUAAGUCGAGGAAUGUUUGUUCCAUUGACAUGUUACCUGAAGUCCUUGGGAAGUUCUACUUAGAGAAAUAGCAAAUACAGCUGUUACCAUGGUUUCACUGUGUUAAUAUUGUUAAUGUUGACAUUUUGCAGUCAUUACGGCUUCACAUUGAACUAUCUCAUAAUACCAGCUAACUGUUUUAUAUUGGCAGCAGAAAUGAUUUGAGCUCAAGAUCUCAGUGGCAAAGUAGAGAUUUUAGUAUUGAUACAUUUGUGUGAUACAUAAUAAUUUAUGUAUUGCUUCACAAAAUGGAAAUUAAUAUAUUUGUGAAAUGACUUUCUCGCCACAUCUGUGAUAUAUACUUGUAUGUACAUUUUCAUAGCUUGUGCAGGAAGUUGUAAUUUAAAAACAGUUGCCUAUUUUGCUUGUAAACUCUGUAUCUUGCCAAGAUCACUCAUGAUUUUUAUUUCUGUUGUGAUCUUUUUACAGGUAUAUCAUAUUUAUUUGAAGAACUAUCAGUUUGAGAAUAUCAUGUUAUAUUUAUUGUCAGCACUAACAGAAUUUAUUUAUUCACUUCAAAAUACUAAACGUGGCUCGGGGCACAAAACGACCAGUAUUCCAAAUGUUUUUGUAUGUUUUACCGUCCGCCGAGGUAAAUAAAACAAGUCAGAAUAUCUGCAGAAGGUAACGUCAAAUAUUUAUGUGGAAAAUUGUCUUCAAACGGCAGCAAACUUUGUUGGUAAAAAGCUACACCAGUUAUGUUCGUACUAUAACGUUAUGACAAAUAAGUGUUGUAUGUGCUUGGAAUCAUCGGCGAAAUUAUUUUCCACGCCAGGAAGAUAUCUCGGCGCUGGUACAUUAUGUUUUGACCCGGUUAGACGCAAGCUUGGCCGUCCCGAUCACGGGAGGCGGGGCUAGGUCGCGUCGAUCACGCUCAGCCUUCGUGACUUCGUCGUCAUAGUUACUGGUACAUAAACUGCCCGGGAUGGCUGGAAAAUGGGUCGAUGUUUGCCGAGUGUAGGCCAAGGCUAGGGUUGGCUCAACUUAUUGGUCGCCUCCGCUGUUGGGGCCUCUAGAUUGAGCGCGCUGUAGCAAGACUCAGAAGAUUUUGUUGAAAUUAAUUUUUAAGAUCCCCUUUGAUAAUUUUGCUUUCGUUUGCUAUCGAGAUAGAUGUGUCGAUGUCAGACAUUUACGUUGGUUAAAAUUAUGUUUAUUUCGUUGUAAUUUGAAAACGUUCACGGAAACUCAAAACGUCGUUUUCUGUUUGUCAAAAGUUGGUUUUCUGUUGAUAAAAGGAGAGAUAGUCUGUGUAUAUAUUGCGUUGAUUUCCAACUGUUCUCAAGGACAUGGAAAAUUGUUUUGUACAGACAGUGAAGGAAGAUACUUCACAUGUUUUAUGUUAUUUAUUACAUGUUCAUAUGUUUAUCAUGGAAAACAAAGAAUAUUACCAUACGUUGUUUUCACUUUUAAUUCAUAGUAGAGCAUAGUAUUAUCCGAAAUCCAAACGUUAUAUUUUAAUACUGAAUCAUGUGUAAAUAUUCAACAAUUAUUUUAUCAGUAGUUCUCAAGUCUUUCUACUCUUUGAAUAUAUCUAUCUUUGUAGAAGAAAGACAUUUUCAAAAUAAAUUCAGAUGUCAAUAAGUA